AUGAUGGAGUGGAAAAUCCAUUUUGAAAAAGCCAUUUCUUUUAUAAAGGAAUAUCAGAGUCUUGUGGAUUGUCAUCUCGUUGAUUUCAUUACAGAAAACUUAUGGCAUCGAUGUUUAUCAAACUCUUUAAGAUUCGAGCUAGAAUGUCAUGAAACCAGUGAACAAGGCAGAGAGUACAAUUUGAAAGACUUGCGAGAAACGAGUUUGGAGUUGGACAGCUUUUUUAAUGAAGCUGAAAAAUUAUCUUUGAAACACAAUCCAAUUAUCACAAGCUUGAAUGAUUUCUGCUCCAUCCCUUCAGAAGCAGAAUGUAUCAAUGAAAAUUGUAAAAAAGAAAAAAUGAAUUUCAUGAGUGAUAAAAAAAAGCAUGAAACAGAAGCUCUGGCGAUACUUGUGGCACAUUUGGCAGAAAAAAAUUCAAUAAGUUUGGUUAUUGAUGCUGGUGCUGGAAAAGGAUAUUUAUCAACGAAUAUUUCACAAAAGUAUGGGAUUCCCGUAUUGGGUAUUGACUCGUCGGAGAACAAUAUCAGAGGAGCUAUCCAUCGCCAAGGAAUGAUUUUGAAAAAAAACCGAAAAAAAAAUUUAGAUAACAACGCUUUGGUUCAUUACUCCGUGCAAUAUAUCGAUGAAGGAACAGAUUACAAUGAACUUAUUCGACUGCAGUUUGCCGAAAGAAAUAUAAGUAAUAAUUACAUUCUUUCUGGAUUGCAUACGUGUGGCCAACUCGCACAUACAAUGAUAAAACAAUUUCUACGCAAUCCUUGUCUCAAGUGCAUUUGCGUAGUGCCAUGUUGUUAUCAUUUGACGGAAGAGUCUUUGACCAGCGGUUGUAAUUUAUCAAAAAAUGCUCGGAUGAUAGCUCAACAGUCGGUGGAAAGAAGCGAAUCAAAAAAUUCUGACGAUGCUCAUCCUCCGUCCUUAUUUUAUCGAACUUUGCUGCAAGUACUUCUUCAGUCACUCGGUAUUCCCAAUGCGAAAAUUGGUCGAGGAGCUCCAACGAAGGAUUUUCCAACUUAUGCUCAAUGGGCUCUGGAGAAAGUGGGAGUAGAAUCAGAAAAGAUCCCAUCGAUUGAAGCUUUGAUCAAACUGUAUCAGACUUAUUCAAGUCUGCACUGGAAAUUCAAUAUAUUUCAUUCCAUGAGGAUUCACCUUGGCUCGGUCGUUGAAGCUGCCAUAGUGUUAGAUCGCGUUGUAUUUAUACAGGCCAGUAAUAUUUGUUCUGAAGUCGCAUUGAUACGACUGUUCGAUCCGUUAAUAUCUCCCCGUUGUUACGCUAUCGUGGCACUGAAAUGAUAUGAAAAAAAGUGCCUGAAUUUCAAUUACUUCGAUUUUGAUUUCCGGUUUUUUACCUGAAUUUAUUGACCGUGCUAAAUUUGUUCUUUUGAUAAUAUUAAACUUCGUACACACAUUUACGAAAAAUAAGAUUCGAUAGAAACGAUAUUUGAUUCCGAUGGAAACAGAUUUGACGCUAAGCUGAUAAAGACCUUGUGAAAGAGUGCUACUGUCAAGCCUUUACGUUGUGGGUCAGUGGCGAAGUCGUGCGCUACGAUUCCCACUCUGUCAAUUGUUGAAGAAAAGCCCCGACAAAGUGAUUGUUUCAUUCAAGUGCUCCUUGUAAAUUGUACAUUUUUUUUACAGUCCGUAACUCUCGAGUUUGAAGUUCGUCGAUCCCUUUUUCUAGAUGAAGAUUCAAAUGAUAUACCAGAGGAUUUAUAUUGUAAUAUUAAAAUAUCGAUUUAUCAGGGAAAAAAUGUCAACGAAAGCUCAAACCCCGGGCAUGUUUUCCGUACAUGAUUUCAGGGACUUGCAGAUACUUAGAGUUGUAGAAGUUCUAUUUGUUCGUAUUAUAAGUAUAAAAUAUUUAUAAUUGAAAUAAUUUUAUAAUUAUAUACAAAAAUUAAAUAAAUAUUCCGAAUUUAAAAACUCA